CUAAAUCUUAAGGAAAACAUAACCUCCUUAAAACCGCAUGGUGUGUCUCAGUGUGUCAAUGCAUAACAUAAACAUUGGGAAUUUUUAUUAGAAAUAAUUAUGACUGAUACAAAAUGUCACGUCUAAUAGUAAAGAAUUUGCCAAAAAGUAUUACAGAUACAAAAUUGAAGGAAUUGUUCAGCCAAAAGGGUUUAGUAACUGAUGUGCAAUUGAAAUACACAAAGGAUGGAGUGUUUCGACGAUUCGCAUUUAUUGGAUUCAAAACAGAGGAGGAGGCUAUAGCUGCGAAGGAAUAUUUUGACAAAACAUGCAUAGAGACUAGCAGAAUAUCGGUUGAUCAAUGUGCAAGUCUAGGGGAUUCUUCUAAACCCAGGUCUUGGAGUAAAUAUGCAUCUGAUAGUUCCAAACAAACUGCAGUUAAUAAGGGUUCCACUGACACAGCAGAGAAUGAUUCUUUGGAGAAGACAAAAGCCAGUGAAAAGAAAAAGGAAAAAGAUAAAAAGAAGAAGCAAGAAAAACUUGUAAAAGAUGAAGUGAAAGAAGCAUUAGAAAAGCACAAAGAUGACCCUUUAUUCAUGGAAUUCCUUGAAAGUCAUACAGCAAAUAAAACUGUAUGGACCAAUGACACGAUAUUAGCAGUCACUAAGGAAAAGGAUCAAAGCAACAGUGAAGAUGACGAUGAAGAAGCCACUGAUAAGGAUGAAGAUGAUGAAGAAGAAGAAAAAGAUGAAGAAAAGGAAGAGAAGGAAAAAAUUGCAGAUAAAGUUAUAUCUGAUUUAGAGUACAUGCAAGCCCUGAAGAAAGGAAAAGACCAAGCUGAGAAAAAAGAGAACAUUGCAAACAAUAAAAUUACACUCAAGGGUGGCCCACAAAAAUUUUUUACUGUGAAGCUUCGUGGACUAGGAUACAAUCACAAGAAGAAAGACAUCAAACAGUUUUUCCAUCCACUGAAAGCAAAAUCGAUAAGAGUGCCUCGCAAGAUUAAGGGAAUAGCUUAUGUUGGUUUCAAAACAGAGUCACACCUUAGGAAAGCACUACUGAAGAAUAAAAGUUUUCUAGAUGGUAAACAAAUAUUUGUAACGAGAUAUGAAGAGAAGGAGAAAACCACAACUGAAGAGCAGAAUGAAAAUGAAGCAAACAACAGGUGGAAGAAACAAGAAGAGGCGUUGAAGGGUGAGGAGAGCAUAGCAGAAUCCGGAAGAAUGUUCAUCCGAAAUCUGUCUUACACCACAACGGAGGACAAUAUCCGGACACUGUUCGAAAAAUACGGUCCCUUAACAGAGGUGAACCUGCCAGUGGACAGAGUGACCAGAAAACCAAAGGGCUUUGGCACAGUGACGUUUCUAAUGACCGAGCACGCAGUGAAAGCGUACAGCGAGUUAGACGGCACCAUCGUGGACGGCAGAAUGCUGCACCUGCUUCCCGGCAAGGCGAAAGUGGAUCCACUGGAGAUGCUGAACGACAAAGGACUAUCUUACAAAGAGAAGAAGCAACUGAAAGCAAAGGCGACUGCAGGGUCCUCGCACAACUGGAACGCGCUAUUCCUCGGUCAAAACGCAGUGGCGGAUGCCAUCGCUGCUACCUACAACACAACCAAAGAAGCUGUCCUGGAGGACAGCUCCACGAAGGGCCUAAGUGCUGCAGUGAAAUUAGCUCUGGGAGAGACUCAGCUGGUCCAGGACACCAAGAACUUCUUGGAGGAGAACGGCGUUUGCCUGGACGCGUUUAAUCAGCCCGCACUGAAGCGAUCCAAGACCGUGAUAUUAGUGAAGAACCUGCCAGCCGCGACGCCGGCGCAGGACCUCUACCAGUUGUUCAGCCCGCACGGGGAGCUGGGGAGAGUGGUGAUGCCGCCGUCAGGGAUCACCGCGCUGGUGGAAUUUUUAGAGCCGUCCGAGGCGCGCAAGGCGUUCACCAAAUUAGCAUACACCAAAUACAAACACCUGCCGCUCUAUCUGGAAUGGGCGCCCGACAAUAGCUUCACGACGCCCGCCGAGAGGAAUAAAAUAGGCGCCAGGGUGGACCUCGGAGAGGAGCAAAAGAAGCCUGAGCAGAAUGAGGAGGAGAAAGAACAGCCGAAGGACGAGAACAAAAACAGCAAAGUCGAAAGCGAGGACGAAGAGGAGCCCGAGCCAGACACCACUCUCUUUGUCAAGAACAUUAAUUUCACGACCACGGACGAGGACCUGAAAGCGUAUUUCAGUAAAUGCGGUCCAAUUCACUAUGCCACGAUAGCAACGAAGAAGGACCCGAAGAACCCUAGUGCGAAAUUGUCAAUGGGCUAUGGAUUCGUGAGGUACAAAUGGAAGGCAGACGCAGAGCGUGCCCUGAAGACUUUGCAGAUGACUGUGCUGCAAGGGAAAACGUUGGAGCUGAAACGUUCUGAACGGACAUUGACCACCGACGUGAAAACUGCGAAGAAGACGUCCAAAGUGACCGCUCAGACUGGUACCAAGAUUCUGAUAAGGAAUGUCCCCUUCCAGGCGAACGCUGCGGAAAUAUCUGAACUGUUCAAAGCGUUCGGCGAGCUGAAGGCGGUCAGGUUGCCAAGGAAAUUGGUCGGCGUUGAGAAACACAGGGGUUUCGGGUUCGUCGAGUACUACACGAAAAGCGAGGCCAAGAAAGCGUUCAAGGCCUUGUGUCAGAGCACUCACUUGUACGGGCGAAGGUUGGUGCUGGAGUGGGCGCAGGCCGAGGAAGGCGUCGAGGAAAUUCGGAAGAGGACUGCCAAGCAUUUCCAUCAAGACGACACAGCAAGCAGGACCAAGAAAGCAACCCUAAAUCCCGAAGAUGUCGGCUUGAAAGUAGAUUGAACGAAGACCACUGAAUCGCCCAGUUGAGUGGAUGUCCUAACUUCAAACUUUCCUACGAAACCAACGAUCGUUAAGAACAAUAUACAUCACUCUCCAACAUCAACGAAUCUCUCCGCAAAUCAACGAAAAGCUACCACUCAGAAGACCGAAGGAGCAACGAUUGAAACGAAGGACACGCGUCAGUGGUCGACGGGAAAAGACAUCGCAGCGUCUGCCCAUGGAAAUUUGUAAAUAGCCAGCCAGCGUAUCGAAUAAACUAUAAAUUCAUCGAACACAUCCGCGAUUUUAUCGCGCGUUUCCUUUCGUCGGUUGGCAACGGCUCAAGCCCC